AUGGAGGUGGAGGUGCCGGAAGAGGUGGAGCUGCGGUGGCUUGCGCUGCUGCACUGGACCGACCUGGCGAGGGCAGCCCUUGUCUGCUCCCGCUGGCACCGCAUCGCCAACGACGCGAGCCUGUGGGCGGGGGCCUUUGUGCGUGAGUUUGGCAACGAGGCUGCAAGCGCCGUGCGCUCCACUUCAUCCGUUCGGAAGGCGUUGGACAGGCUGUGGGGCGCCUGUGCGAGCACGUCCAGUGGGCCAGACUCGUGGUAUUUCCAGGGCAAGACGCAGAUCUACCGCCCAUCGCGCACCGAGGGCAAGGAGUGGCGACAGUACCCCCGCAACGUUCCCGCGUAUAAUCAGAUCGUGGCGAACGACGAGCCGUGGGAUGACGCCGAGGUGGAGCCCCACCAGGAAGACCUCGUGGAGGUUCGUGACGCCGAUCGUGCGGCGCACAUCGAAGCAGGGACGAGAGGAGAGGAUGGUACUGCGAAGCCGCUGUGGAAGGCCACCUUCCUGCGGCACUACCUGCUGCGCCACAGGUGGUUGCACGGGUGCGACCCAGCGCAAGUCGGCGGAAAAGGGAACAAGUUGGCCGAUGCGGCCACAACGACGGACACCAAUGCGGUGGUGCGCGUCGUGGUGAGUGGUAUGAAGUCGAGCGGCAAGAGCCAUUUCCUGCGAGCUCUCGCCCCCGAUCAGCAGGUCGAGGACGGAGGAGUCAAUGUGGUGGUGGUCAAAGCGAGCGACGGUUGCACGGUGGCUCUGCUCGAGCUGCGGCGCCCCAAUGCCCUUCAAUUCACUCAAGAUUGGUGCAAGAAGCUGUACAACGGGGCUAUGGUGGCUGGAAUUAUCUUUAUGGUCGACUCCACCGAGUUCAGGCCGUUCCUUGAUGGUCAGAUUGGGAGUGAUGACGAGUACAAGCGCAUGGAGGACGUCUACAAACGCUUCCACGGCGUCGCUGGUCAGGCCCACAACUCGAUCCUGGUUGGCGUUGUGUGCGCACACAAGAUCGACCUUGCCACCAGCGAAGCCGAAAAGGAGGAACUGCAGGAGGUGGUCAGCCGCAAACUGCGCGUGGAAGGGCUCACGGAGUGCGGCUGGUACAGCUCGGCCCAACUCUCCACGCUCGGCACUUCGGCGGCGGAUCUCGACAGCUGCCUCACUGCCGUCGAGCAGUUCGUCACCAAGCACAAGCGCAUCAAGCUGUGGCGACAAUAUUAA